GGCUUAAUGAUAUUAUUUAUGAAACUACUUAAAAAGAAGUAUUCAAAAUAAAUUCUAUAGUGUUAACGUCAUUGUCCACAAGAAAAAAGAAAAGUUGAAACCAAUGAGGGAAAAAAAUCAAACACUUUACAACUUCCAUUGUAACUGUAAGGUGUAGGAACAGGAGUAUCGUCCCACCAUCAUGAGAAAAUAAGAAAGGGACAGUUUAAGUUUCACUUACAACACAGCCCAAAAUACACAUAAAAAAGAAGUACAUUUGACCGUGAAUCCAAUACAACAUAAGUACUUAAAACAAAAAGACAACCGAACAAAACAAAAGGGCCACGAGGGGGAGAGAGAUACAGAAGCAGCAGAAGAAGAGAAGAAAGAAGCAGAAGCCAGAAGGAGCAGAAACAACAACAGCCAGCAGUAACACAAGAAAACCAAAAGUGGGUCACAACAACACACGUCGUCUUCAGGCAAAAUCCAUGUGCCCACAUGGCUGUUUGUGAGUUUUGAAAGAAACAAAUAAACAAACAAAAAAAACCCAACUUUUUUUAUUACUUGUUUUUCCUCAUAUUUUUAUAUAUAUACAUAUACAUGAGAUUGUCACUGAGUUCUAGUUUUUAGUAUAGAUUUUGGACAGAGAGACCCAGAAUCAGAAGUAGCUCAAACAAGAAUAGAAAGUGAAGAAAAACUAAGAAAAAGUUGGAGUUGAGAAGAUGAAGGAGAAAAGUGAGAGUGGUGGAGGAGGGUAUGUAAGAGCAGAUCAGAUAGAUCUGAAGAGCUUGGAUGAGCAACUCCAAAGGCAUCUUAGUCGAGCAUGGACGAUGGAGAAGAACAAGAACAGGAAAGAGGAAGGAGAGGAAGGUGGUGGAGGUGGAGAACAGCUAAGGCCAAGCAACACCAUGAGAAGACAAGAGUGGGAGAUUGAUCCUUCUAAGCUUAUCAUCAGAGGUGUCAUAGCUCGUGGCACCUUUGGUACUGUUCACCGUGGUAUUUAUGAUGGCCAAGAUGUUGCUGUUAAACUCCUUGACUGGGGAGAAGAGGGCCACAGAUCAGAGGCUGAAAUAGCUUCACUUAGAGCAGCUUUUACACAAGAAGUUGCUGUGUGGCAUAAACUUGAUCAUCCUAAUGUAACAAAGUUUAUAGGGGCAACAAUGGGCUCGUCAGAGCUGAACAUACAGACAGAAAAUGGUCACAUUGGCAUGCCAAGUAAUGUUUGUUGUGUUGUUGUUGAAUAUUGUCCUGGGGGUGCACUGAAAUCUUACCUGAUAAAGAAUCGAAGAAGGAAGCUGGCCUUUAAAGUAGUUAUUCAACUGGCACUAGAUCUUGCACGAGGGUUGAGCUAUAUUCAUUCCAAGAAGAUAGUCCAUAGAGAUGUCAAAACAGAAAACAUGCUUCUGGACAAGACACGUACUGUGAAAAUAGCUGAUUUUGGGGUUGCUCGCCUUGAGGCUUCAAAUCCUCACGACAUGACUGGAGAGACUGGAACGCUUGGUUACAUGGCCCCAGAGGUCCUUAAUGGCAAUCCCUACAAUAGAAAGUGUGAUGUGUAUAGUUUUGGUAUCUGCUUGUGGGAGAUAUACUGCUGUGACAUGCCAUACCCUGAUCUCAGCUUCUCAGAAGUGACAUCUGCUGUUGUCCGCCAGAAUCUGAGGCCAGAGAUACCUCGUUGCUGUCCGAGUUCUCUUGCAAAUGUAAUGAAGCGAUGUUGGGAUGCCAACCAUGACAGACGGCCGGAGAUGGAUGAAGUGGUGUCCAUGAUAGAGGCUAUUGACACAUCGAAGGGCGGAGGCAUGAUCCCGCAUGAUCAGCCUCAGGGUUGUUUGUGUUUUAGGAGAUAUCGCGGACCUUGAUAUUGUUACACCCCCUUGAAUCAAAAGGUGCUUUCAGGGUAGAGUCCAAUUUAUUCAUAUUUAAUUGAAUUGGAAAGAUGGCAAUGUAAGAGCUGAAAGUAGGAAAUUGUGGAGUUUAUUGGCUAAAAGAAAUUCCGCAAUAUCUGCUAUUCGAACAUGCAUUUUGUAAAGCUUUUCUUUCUUUAUCUUU